UUUCUCUCUCAGCCUUGGUUUUUGUUCCAACUGCUAAUUAACUUCCUCAACCCACCUGGCCCACCCAGAGAUUCCACAAUAUGGGGUUCCCUUUUUCAUCCCCCCUACCUUCUUUAAUAAUAGUUCUCUGAUAUAAAUCCUCCUUCACAAUAGCUAGCCCUCGAUCUCAGCCCCUGGCAAAACAGAAGUCUCGUAUCUUUUCGAUCUUUAUUUUCUUCACGUUAGAUUGAUGGAAAACUCUUUGAGUUCAUGUAUUAACAAAGCUGUUGCUUCUAAAGGAACCACAACCAGCCCUGAAGAGAGUGGUUGGACUGCAUACUUUGAAGAUUUAUCAAGUUAUGAAGGACACAGUUCCUCUAAUUCUAGUUUGCAUACCUCUUCUGUGGUCUCUGAUGCUGCUUCUUCUGCUACAUGGAAAAAUUCCAAUAGCAAUCUGAAGAUUCCCAAGAGAUUGGGUUUCAAGAAAACAAGAACCAAAAUAAUUUCUUUUGACGAUUCUUUGGAGGAUACUGCUAGCUCUCCAGUUAGCAGUCCCAAGGUUGGUGAUUUGGAACCAGGAGAUAUGAAUCCAAGAAAGGCACAUGAUCAUCAUAUUAUUAGUUCCUUGAGCAAGGCAGAUACUUUAGAUCAUUACAAUCCAGAACUGCAGGCAGAUGAAAGAAGGGAAAUCAUGAACUUUGGUGGAAAGAAUAAUCAUGACUACACAGAGUUAAGGAAGAGGGGGCUGUGUUUGGUUCCUUUGUCCAAGCUCAUUGCAUGCACGAAUUACUCACAGCAUAAAAUAGCUGUCUGAUAUGAAAGUGAUACCCCAUGUCCGGAUUCUCAGGCUAGGAGCUGAAGCUAGAUAGAAGCUGCCAUUACCAGCACUACUAUUUAAAAAAAAAAAAAAUGUAAAAUUCCUAUUUUUCAUCCCAAUCAAAUGUUAUACUAAUAUUGAUGAAUUAAUUAAUUGUUGAUUAGAUUGUCAGAGUUCCAAAAAUCUGGUGCUAACAUGAGCUAGCUAGCUACCACUAUUUGCCUGAAAGUGAUUUCUGUGGCUGAAUUGCAAGAGAAGGCAUUCUUGAUAGAAACUGACAUCAAUCACCAACCAUCUUUGUUAACUUAAAGAUGAGGGAACUCAACAGCAAAAAGAAAGAGACCUCGAAAGUUAAACAAAGAACAAAAAAGAAAGAGA